AAAAGAGAAAGAUCUUAGGUCGUUUGCAAGCUCAUUUCACAAACCAAAUCUGGACAACCAGAGCUAAAAAUGAAGCUGACACUUAUCUUCCUCCUCGGUUGCUGCUUGGCUGAGACCACCUUUGGCUGGACGUAUCACUACAUCAACAAGACCAUGAACUGGACCAAGGCCCGAGAGUGGUGCCAGACCACGUACACAGACAUGGUAGUCAUCCAAAACCAGGAUGAGAACAACUAUCUGGUGUCAAAGCUUCCAAACAGAACUGGGUCCCCCUAUUAUUGGAUAGGAAUCACUAAGCAACAUAAGAAUGAAACCUGGACCUGGAUUGGGAAUAACAGCACAUGGAUUGGUAAAGAGUCAUGGGCGGCCAAUGAGCCAAACAACAACCACAGCACUGAGUUUUGCGUUGAAAUCUACGUGAGCCACAAUGCAAAUAGAGGGAAGUGGAACGAUGAGAAAUGUGCUAAUAAAAAAUCCCCUGUCUGUUACAAAGCUCAAUGUGAGGAAACAUCUUGUGAAAAUGGGAGAUGCCAGGAGUCCAUUGAAAACACAACCUGCCUCUGUGAACCUGGCUUUGAGGGGGACAGGUGCCAAACAGCUGUGCAGUGCCCCCCUCUGUCUCAUCCUGAUAACGUAUACCUGAGCUGCUCCGGAGGAAAUCUGACAAUCAACUCAACCUGCCAAUUUAAAUGUCACUUAGACUUCCUAAUGAUAGGACCAACAACUGUCACCUGUGGGGCCACUGGGAUCUGGAAGGGCCCAAGGCCUACUUGCUCAAGGUACGAACAGGCUCUAAUGGCUGUGGCUGGGUGUGGAGCCCUCUCAACCUUCUGCUGCAUCUGUUUGUGCUGGAUGAAACGCAGAAAACGAAAGAAACUUGCACAAGAAAGCCUGAAGAAGCAUUUAGUCCACCCAGUGAGGCACUGGGAUGAAGGACAACUGGAAUUUAUGUUUUACUGUAAUAUAUUUAUAAUGACCAGUGUGUUGAACAAAUAUCCAUUUUAGUACUUUGUAUAAGACUAAACUAAACGACAGGCUGCAUGCUGGAAUAGUUGGUUAACUAAGCCUAUAUGUCUAAUGUGGUAUAUUUUUAAUCUUAAUAUACAUAUAUCCUGCAUGAAUAUAAAGUAUGUAGUUCUAAAGUUUUAUUGGUAUAUACGCAUGUUAGCUCAUAAAAGUCAUGUAAUAAUA